GCUUCACACAAUACGAGACAAGCUGCUCCUAGCAUCACCUUCGUCUAAACGCCCUGCACCAAACUAGCAAUAGUACACUUUUACAAACAAACACGUAGCAGAAGACAUGCUGCGCCAACGAGCACCUAAAAGCAAGAAAGACAGCGUGACCACCACACCAGGUGCCACGCAACCCACCGCAUCCUCCAAUACAGGGGCAAUAUCAACGAGCAGACACGCCACAAUGGACGCGGCUGAUGAUCCGCGGCAACCCCUGCUUGGUGCCAGGGACGACGCUGCUUUAUCUCAACGACACCUCUCAUCUCCGCCAUCUCAAGAUCAUCCUUCUGACGAAGAGAGACCUGAGGACGACGACCAGGCAAAGAAGAUGGAGAAUCUGAGCAGGAAGAGCCAAUGGAUUGUUCUGGCGCUGGCCAGCGGUGCAUGCGCGGCUUUCAACGGGGUAUUUGCUAAGUUAACCACGACAGAACUUACAACUAGCUUUGCGACCUGGGUCGCGAAUCUUAUUGGUUUAUCAAAUAUCGAGGGAGGUGUUGAGGUCGUUGUUCGUGCUAUGUUCUUCGGCCUAAAUCUCAUCUUCAACGGCAUAAUGUGGACACUCUUCACCAAAGCUCUCGCCAGAGGUACUUCAACAACGCAAGUCAGCAUCCUCAAUACCUCGUCAAACUUCAUGAUCACCGCUGUUCUCGGUUGGAUGAUCUUCUCUGAAUCUCUACCGCCGCUUUGGUUUGUGGGUGCUGCGUUGUUGGUCGCGGGCAACGUGAUCAUUGGUCGGAGAGAAGAGGGCGAGGAGAAAGGAAAGGGGGAUGAGCAGGCGAGGGCUGAGCAUGGCGAGGCGGGUAACGAGGAAUCUGAAGGCUUGCUUGUUGGUGAGGAGUUGGACGAUCUUGAUGAGUUGGAGCUCGAGAGGAAGAAGAGAGAGGAAGAGGAUGUACUUCAGUUGGAUCUAGAGGAAGAGAAUCAUGGCAGGAGUGGCAGGACGUUGAUUUGAUACGACAGAAUGAGACAUAGAGGCAUUUUGGGCGUGUGAUACCCACCAUAGAUGUGAAAAAUCCCAUAUUCAAGUCAUCCUUUUACAGUUACCUAUUUCAGAUAGCGAG